AUGACAAAAACAGGUUGUUUCACGUCAUUACAGCUUUUAGCGAAACGACUCUUACCUUGUACCAAGCAGACAUCUACACAUAAUGAUAAUAAGCCAAUAAAUCAUGGCCCAACACUAGUAAUUCACGGUGGAGCAGGCGCAAUUUUGAAAAAAAAUCUUACAGACGAAAAAAGGCUGGAAUACAUACAAGCACUGAAGGAAGCAUUGAAUAUUGGAUAUAACAUUCUGGAGAAGGGUGGAAGGGCCGUUGACGCUGUUGAGGCUGCUGUUAGGAUUAUGGAAGAUUCGCCGUUGUUUAAUGCUGGAAAGGGCUCUGUGUUUACACUUAGUGGCAAGAAUGAGCUGGAAUCCUCCAUUAUGCUUGGCACGCCUUCUCACCCAGCCGGUGCUACCACACUCCUCCAUACGGUUAAAAAUCCUAUAACUCUCGCCAAAACAGUCUUAUUUGAUCCUGAGGUUCCUCAUGUAUUCUUGGGUGGGGAGGAAGCGGAAAAGUAUGCGCGCGAGCAAGGAUUGGAAACCGUUGAUCCAUGUUAUUUUUGGACCGAAGCCAGAUGGAAGCAGCAUUUGGAAGGAUUGGGUAAAGGAAGAACUAAAGGUAGAGAAGCGGAGGGCUAUCCAAAUGAAAAUUGGAUUAAUGGAAGUGAAGCGGAGAAGAACAUCUUGCACUAUGAUGCAGGCAUUCGUAAAGGAGAAUGCAUAGAUCCGAAUCCUAUGGGUACGGUUGGUGCAGUCGCUGUAGAUUAUGAUGGAGUAAUUGCUGUUGCUACUUCAACUGGCGGAAGAAAUAAUAAGAAAGAUGGUCGUAUAGGAGAUACUCCAUUAAUAGGGUGUGGUACUUGGGCCGACAACGAGACUUGUGGAGUAAGUGGAACUGGCAAUGGAGAGUUCUUUAUUCGCUAUGUGAUAGCAAAAGAGGUAGCGUCUCGCAUGGAAUAUCUAAACGAGUCAGUGGAACUAGCAGCCUCAGCAGUGAUUAAUCGUAUGAGUAACGUUGGUGGAGAAGCAGGAGUCAUUGCACUGGAUAAGUAUGGAAAUUUUGCCAUGCCUUUUAAUACUCAGGCGAUGUUUCGCGGUUUCAUUAGAGUGUCAGACGGAAUUCCUCAUGCGUAUAUCUUUCCGGAUGAC